CCGCUGCCGGGCGUGGAUCACUACAAGACGGAGAUCGAGCGGCUGACGCGCGAGCUCAGCGAGACCACCCACGAGAAGAUCCAGGCGGCCGAGUACGGGCUGGUGGUGCUGGAGGAGAAGCUGACGCUGAAGCAGCAGUAUGACGAGCUGGAGGCCGAGUACGACAGCCUCAAGCAGGAGCUGGAGCAGCUGCGCGAGGCAUUUGGGCAGUCUUUCUCCAUCCACCGCAAGGUGGCCGAGGAUGGAGAGACUCGGGAGGAAACGCUUCUGCAGGAGUCGGCAUCGAAGGAAGCUUACUACCUGGGCAAGAUCUUGGAAAUGCAGAACGAACUGAAACAGAGCCGGGCUGUGGUCACGAACGUCCAGGCGGAAAACGAGAGGCUCACGGCUGUCGUUCAGGACCUGAAAGAGAACAAUGAGAUGGUGGAGCUGCAGAGAAUACGGAUGAAGGAUGAAAUCAGAGAAUACAAAUUCCGGGAGGCCCGGCUCCUGCAGGAUUACACUGAGCUGGAAGAGGAAAACAUCACGCUGCAGAAACUCGUGUCCACGCUGAAACAGAACCAGGUGGAGUAUGAGGGCCUGAAGCACGAGAUCAAGCGCUGCGAGGAGGAGGCCGUGCUGCUCAACAGCCAGCUGGAGGACGCGCUGCGGCUCAAAGAGAUCGCGGCGCACCAGCUGGAGGAGGCGCUGGAGACGCUCAAGAACGAGCGGGAGCAGAAGAACAGCCUGCGCAAGGAGCUGGCCCAGUACGUCACCCUCGGCGACAGCCACCUGGGCCUCUCCGUGGACGGACUCAAGUUCGCCGAGGACGGCGGGGAGCCCAACAACGACGACAAGAUGAACGGGCACGUGCACGGGCCCCUGGGGAAGCUGAACGGGGACUACCGCGCGCCUGCGCUGCGGAAGGGGGAGGCCCUGCACCCGGUCUCGGACCUGUUCAGUGAGCUGAACAUCUCGGAGAUCCAGAAGCUGAAGCAGCAGCUGAUGCAGGUGGAGCGGGAGAAGGCCAUCCUUCUGGCCAGUCUGCAGGAGUCCCAGACGCAGCUGGAGCACACCAAAGGGGCGCUGACGGAGCAGCACGAACGGGUGCACCGGCUCACGGAGCACGUCAACGCCAUGAGGGGCCUGCAGAGCAGCAAAGAGCUCCGGGCCGAGCUGGACGGCGAGAAGGGCCGGGACUCGGGGGAGGAGGCUCACGACUACGAGGUGGACAUCAACGGCCUGGAGAUCCUGGAGUGCAAGUACAGGGUGGCCGUCACGGAGGUGAUUGACUUGAAAGCAGAAAUUAAAGCCUUAAAGGAGAAAUACAAUAAAUCUGUAGAAAACUAUACCGAAGAGAAGGCCAAGUAUGAGAGUAAGAUCCAGAUGUAUGACGAGCAGGUGACGAGCCUUGAGAAGAGCACCAAGGAAAGCGGCGAGAAGAUGGCCCACAUGGAGAAGGAGCUACAGAAGAUGACCAGCAUCGCCAACGAGAAUCACAAUACCCUUAACACAGCCCAGGACGAGCUGGUGACCUUCAGUGAGGAGCUCGCUCAGCUCUACCACCACGUGUGUCUGUGCAAUAACGAAACGCCCAACAGGGUCAUGCUGGACUACUACAGGCAGAGCAGAGUCACCCGCAGUGGCAGCCUGAAGGGGCCCGAUGACCCCAGGGGGCUGUUGUCGCCGCGACUAGCCAGGCGGGGUGUGUCGUCUCCAGUGGAAACAAGGACCUCAUCCGAACCAGUUUCGAAAGAAAACACAGAGGCCAGCAAAGAACCAAGUCCAACGAAGACGCCCACAAUCUCUCCUGUUAUUACUGCCCCGCCAUCUUCUCCAGUGUUGGAUACAAGUGAUAUCCGCAAAGAGCCAAUGAAUAUCUACAACCUUAAUGCCAUAAUCCGGGACCAAAUCAAACAUCUGCAGAAAGCGGUGGACCGGUCCGUGCAGCUCUCUCGGCAGAGAGCGGCGGCCCGGGAGUUGGCCCCCAUGAUCGACAAAGACAAGGAGGCCUUAAUGGAGGAGAUCCUGAAGCUCAAGUCGCUACUGAGCACCAAGCGGGAACAGAUCGCUACGCUGAGGGCGGUGCUGAAAGCCAACAAGCAGACAGCAGAGGUGGCCCUCGCCAACCUGAAGAACAAAUACGAGAAUGAGAAGGCAAUGGUGACUGAGACAAUGACAAAGCUUCGCAACGAGCUGAAGGCUUUGAAGGAAGACGCGGCCACCUUCUCCUCCCUGAGAGCAAUGUUCGCAACCAGAUGUGAUGAAUACGUCACACAGCUGGACGAAAUGCAAAGACAGUUAGCAGCCGCAGAGGAUGAAAAGAAGACCUUAAACACUUUAUUACGAAUGGCUAUCCAGCAAAAACUCGCCCUAACCCAGCGGCUGGAGGACUUAGAGUUUGACCACGAGCAGUCCCGACGCAGCAAAGGCAAACUUGGAAAGAGCAAGAUCGGCAGCCCUAAAGUAAGUGGGGAGGCGUCAGCCACCGCGCCCACCAUAGACACUUACCUCCUGCAUAGUCAGGGCCCACAGACACCCACCAUGCGGGGCAGCAGUGGCUCUCAGAGGAAAAGACAAUUUUCACCUUCCCUUUGUGAUCAGAGCCGUCCCAGGACUUCAGGGGCCUCCUACCUCCAGAGUUUAUUAAGCGUUCCCCCCGAUCCCACCUCCACAGAAUCAUUUCUUCUGAAGGGCCCCCCUUCCAUGAGGGAACUCAUCCAAGGGCACCGGCUCAACAAGGAAAAAAGGUUAACCGUGGCUCCACCAGAUUGUCAGCAGCCUGCUGCCUCCGUACCGCCACAGUGCUCACAACUAGCCAGGAGGCCAGACUGCCCGCCUGUCAGUCCUGACGCCGCCCUCCCCGAGGAGCAGCCGCCCGCCAGCCCCCCGUGCGCCCCGCUCCACUGUCUGGCCAAGCCGCCCUGCCCCUAGGCUCCCCGCCACCCGACCUCCCCUCGGCCGAGGCUCGGAGCAGGACCCCGCCAGACCAGCGGUGUUUUCUUCUCGGCUGGGAGAGGCACAGGUGGACUCGGGUCCGACGUCUUGGAAGAGGAGAGAACGCCGAGGAGAGGAACGCAAAGCACAGAGCCGGUGCGGUCAAACGUGGUGUGGUCUCUGGGUCACAGAAAAACUGCAAUCCGAUGGCUCCAGUUCAGUCCCAUUAAAAACGAAGGGGAGAAGGAUGAAGCGUGGAUCUCCGAUGGCUGGCCUGCCCUCGAUAGCAUAAGAGACCUAAGACGAUGUAAAACACAUAUUGUAAGAUGAGCCGUCCUCACGCCACAUUCAGCGACAUAUUUUUUUGGUCAUUGAUAUUUAGUUUUGUACUUUAUUUGCUGUAUGAUUUAUGCCUAUAAGAAUAAUUUCUGUGAGAGAUGAAUUUAAUUCAUUUAUUUUCAAAUAAGCAUAGUUUGCUCGGUUCAAUGAGUUUUAAUUUAGUUUGAAGUCCUGAACUGGCCAGACUGUGGUCAUUUUUCUUGCACAAGACGAUAAAUGAGGUGCGUCAGAAUGUUAAAAUAACUGUAUUUUGCUGCUACACUGAUAUUGUUUAUGCACUUACUUCUAAUCAGUGGCUCAUUAACUGCUGGUUUUGGUUUUUGUUUUAGCUAGACUUCUUCACUGGACAUCAGUAAGUCUAAGAAAGAGACUAAGUUAUGAUUCCUUGACUUAUUCAAGCUUCAGGGGGUAUCCUUAAUUUUUUAAAUUGCAUUGCUAGAAGUAAUGGUGCUGCUGUUCUGUACGUAUGGCCGCGUGUGAGGACCUUACAGAGGCGAAAUCGUCUGAAGGGAAGAAAUGCUGUGUUUAUUUAAUGACCAGAGUUGUUUUCUUUCUUCCAAAUUCAAGGUCCUAUUAUAAGUCUUUCCUGCUAAACAGUAUAAGAACAAAGCUACACAUGGCGAGGUGUAAGGUAGCUUUGGCUAGUUAACUUACACUGAUGGUGUUCAGGUUUUGAUUAAAAUUGUGUGUUUUGUUGUUGUUAGAUUUUUUCCAUAAUGAAUUGUCCUUGCCAAAAAAAAAAAAAAAAUACAUAGAUAAUAAACCUUAGCUCAUUGUCUACUUCUGACAAACACUCAGGUGCCUACAAAUCAUUAUAUUCUAUUGAUAAGACAUGUUCCUAGUUAAUUUACAGAUUCCGCUAGGUAACUUUUAUGACUUGAUUUAAGGCAGUGGAUUUUCAUAGAGAAAUUUAUUUUGCACAUAAUCUGACAAAUAAGGAAAACAGGUCCCGUAGCUGAGAAGUCUCCGAGGCUGCUUCCCUCCUGAGGGCUCCUAGCCCUGGUUCCUUGUCUUUGUCAGUAGCCUUAACUUAUUUAAAACCAGAAAGGUUUCUCCUUUUCAUGUAUGACUAAUUUCUCUUCCAAAUGAACACGGUCCUCCCUGCCAGUGCAGGAAGCGACCCGAGACCAUCCCAGAGUCGCUGGGCUGAGCAGUGGAGGGCGGUGCCCCGAGGGUGUCCGUCGAAGGUCAGUCAUCAAGCACACACGGGAGCUUCGGACAGUUGUCCACUGGAGGGCGGUGUUCACUAUUACCAAAGCAGCCGAGAGCUUUUGCGCUCCUCACAGAGUUCAGUCUUCAUCAGUGUCAUUUCUUACGCAAUUUGGUCUAAACAGUUGAAAUCUCCACCAAGACAGGGAUUCAGGUCAGAGUGCAGAAACAACACAGACCUGCACACAGUCCUGACCGUAGCUCCUAACGCGCGAUCCCACCUGUAUCUCCUGGCGGCCCUGCGCACAGCCCUCGUGCGACAGGCGCACCACCCGCCGGGUGCAGUGUGAGCGACACACUGGGUUCUCUCGAGUGCGUUUAGUGGAAGAGAGCUGACCCACCCCACCCUUUCUUUUCCUUUUGGAGUGGAGUUUGGAACUGAGAAGGGGGCUAGCUGCUGUUGACUUUGUGCCUGAGGGAAGACAUGCCUUCACCGUGACCUCAGAACACCCUCCCAUCACCUGCCACUUUUGCUGGUGGAAUGGGACCGUGGCCACAGUCCUGCGUGGCUGGAGCCAUUCUUCCUGCCCACAGGGCUCGCGGCUGUCUUCCCGGCCUCCCUCUGGUUUAUGACCCAGUGGGAAGCCGAGAAGCGUACAAAGCAUUUAUUUCUUCCAGUACAAAAAUCUGGUUUUUGGGGGGGGUACCGGGAAUCGAACUCAAGACCUUGCACUUGCUAGACAGGUGCUGUGCCGCUGAGUUACAUCCCCGGCCCUCGUCAUUAAAUCUGUUAGAAACUAGUCUCUAAACAGAGUGGGAAACGCUUGUUUUGAAGUAUUAAUUGUAUAAAAUACCAGUUUUAGUAGAUGUUUGUCAAAAAGAUAUAGACACUUGGAAAUAAAUUUUCCUUUUCAUCCCAAAAUUAGGUGGUAUUCCCUGAGUCGCAAGAGAGAAUACUGUGUCAUUUAGUGUAGUAGUUUAAACUGAGCCGUAUUUAUGUUUAUUUAUAGGCAUUUUAAAUGAGCAGAUAUGUAUAGCGGCAGUAAGAAUCAGUACCUGUAAAGAUAACAUCAGGACCCGAAAGGAAAUUGAAAAGGUGAAGAAUUAGUGAGAACCAGAAGCGGGGGCUCGGUCAGAUUCAUUGAAGAGGCGUGCGGAGCCGAAGCGGUGCGGUGCGCCAGGGCAGCAGGCAGCCAGCCGCGGUGGUGAGCGAAGUAAGCGGGCAGUGUUUAAAAGUAAGCACAAUGACAAUGCUGAGGGGAAUAGUUAGGUGCAGAAAUGCUUUCCCUGAAGAUUUUUUUCUAGGUACAAAAUGGUAGCAACGGGGCUGGGGAUUUAGCUCAGCGGCACAGCGCCUGCCUGGCAAGCGCAAGGUCGUGAGUUCGAUUGCCGGUACCGGAAAAAAAACGAGGAAAAAAAAAAAAUGGUAGCAACGUAAACAGGAGAAAUAGGUGGCCUUUGGCCUGAGUUCUUUAGGGUUGGCAAAACCUUGGCUGACUCUUUCCAAUCAAUUGAUGUUUGAUUAGAAUCUGUCACAUAUCCAAUUCUAAUUUUUUUUUUUGAAAAAAGAAAUUUAGAAAACUUUGAGAAAACAAAGUUAUUAAAGAAUUAAGAUUCAGAAAUUAUACCUACUUAAUCUGAGGAAGAAGAGAUAUAAUUGUAGCCUUCCAGAAAAGAGAAUAGAUAGAAACAGCUGUAGACACCAUUAAGACUAGAAUUAGGAAAUCUUCAAGGUGAAGGAUUUAUAUUAACUCUAGGAUAGAGAUUUUUAGCAAUGAAAAGUCAAUCAUCGGAAUUGAUUAUAAGGAAGAUUUGUUUUUUAAAAAUUGAAUAUUAUUGGUGGUCUAGUAAGUAUUCAGUGGCAAGAUAUCUUAAUGUAUUGUUCUGCAAGCCUAUAAUCCCGUUUCUUUUAUUUUAAAAUUAAAAAUAAAGUAGUUCUGACUACUUAUACAUAUUUUAUUCUUUAAAAUAGGAUAGCAAUUUUAACUUCUCCAAGAUAUUUGGGUUUUUUUUUUAAAGGAUUGUUGGUAUUAUUUUUCCUUCCAGCUGUAUAUCAUUACAUCCUUAAAUUUGUCCACCAUGUAUUGAUUUUACUGUUAAAAGCCUCAGUUUUCAGAGUCUAGAAAAGAAAUGUCCUCAGGAAUAGGUAUGCAGUCCCUCGGGCAGAGGGAGGGCGCAGGCUGAACGCCUCCCAACUUUUAUCUCUACUGAAGAGGGUCUUCCACGUUUGCUUUUUCCGUGCUGUGGAAAAUAUUCCUGUACAGUGAAGACCUGCUACUUCAGACAAGCACGAAACCUUGGUCCCAUAAACAAGCUAAGAAUGUGGAAAUGUCCUGAUAUAAAUCAUCUCCAGUUCUUCAAUAAAGAUUAUGAAACAUAAAAAUGAGGAUAUGAAAUCUAUUUUCUACUGAGAUAGGAAUAUGAAAUUUUAUUGUUAUAAUCAGCCAACAAAUAGAAUGGGUCUGUCAGAGAGAUGCAUCAGAAUGCUGACGGGUUUCCAGUAGGGAACUUGGCUCCUUCAGCCCGCGGUGCCACGGAUGGAUGAGUUGAUAUUGCAGAUACAUCUAGGUUUAAAAGAAACUCUUAGGGUAAGGUUUGAAGUUUUGAAAGGUUUGCUUUUUGUUUCCUUUGUUUAGAAACCAAAGUGCUUUAAAAUAAUCCUUAUAAUUAAGAUUGCAGAAAGUUUACAGUAGUGUUUUCAAAGAAAGGGAACAUAAUUUUUCAGAAAGCUGUUGAACUGGACUUACGGUAGGUAGCAUGGCCAGGGAUGGUACUGACACGACUUGUUACCUUAAAUUCAAUUUCUGUGGACACGCAAGACCAACGUAGCUCCUGAGUGACCUUUCCCAUUGUUGGCAGUAGUGUCAGAAGGUCAAUUCAUCUUUCUUUAAAUGCCAACCGAACUGCCGCGGUCUCUAAUGUAUGGCAUUUGGUAGCAUUGUCCUGUUACGUUAACACCUGAUUUCCCUACACAUCGCUUUCAUCCUAUUACGCAAAAUAUAACCGAAAGAGGUAUUUAGUAUUAAGAUACGUUCCCCACUUGAGCAUUUUUCAGAGAUGAUAUUCUGUUUAGAAAGAGGAGAAGAAGCAAUUAACUGCCUUUCGUGUAAGACAAGAGUACCAUGUACGAGGCUUAUGAUGUAAGACAUUUGCAUGAGAUAGCUCAUGUCAGGCAAGCUUUUCUAUGUCCAUGCUACGAACACCUUAGAAAUCUUAUUUCUCUUGUGACCUCUCCACUAGGAAUGUGAAGACAUUGCCCCUAUACCUGGUCUCCUUUUCAUAUUGAAUGCAUGGCUCUUAUUCUCACUGUAUUUUUAUCCCUUUCCUCUGGAGUUAUUUAAAAUUUGCCCUGUUUAAACUGAAGCCUGGAUAAACUGCUGAGGCAGAUGAUCACUGAGAUCAGAGUUUAAUUACUAUACAACACUUGUUGGGAAUUUAUUUUUCUUAGAGUGAUUCUCUGGUCAUUAUGAUUCUCUAAUGAAAACAGAUAUUUCAAAUGUAUGCUUUCCUUUUCAAAAGGUCAUUUUUUAAAAUAAAGACCGGAGAACUAUAAAGUAAAGGGAAAUGUCAUCAGUUUGUGUAAAAAGGCUUAUUUGGUGAUAAUGGAAAUACAGAGUGAAGCACUGCUGUGUUCAUAGAUACAAUUGUUCGGCAAAGAGUAGAGGAAAUACAUCACUUUGACGUUGUUGCCACAGAAUUUUUAAGCUCAAUGGUUUGACUGUUAAGCGUCAGUUAAACAAUUCUUUGAAAAUCUUUUAUGACAUUUUUGUAAUCUACUCAGUGUUUUUAUUUGCAUGGUUCUGCAUAUGUGGUGAAUCAGACAUGAUUCUGAGAGUACUGUAUUUCUUGGCAGUGCUAACAUUCGUGUCUCGUGUGGCCAGCCCUGAUUUGUACUCUGUGUGAUUAUUGUAAUGAUUCAGCUAUUCCUACAUUUAAUUGCAGUUUUAUUGUUACGCCUUUCGGGGCUAAAUGAUGUGAAGUGUUUCCACCUAAUUAUAAUAUCAUAUGAAUACACACCUAAAAGACUGAUCGAAGAAACUUUUUUGUUAAUUAUUUUUAAAAGUCCAAACUUCAAAUGAAACAUUCUCAAAGACACAUGCAUUUAUUUUAAAUUCAAAAAAAGUUCUUAUGAAUUUAUUAUUGCUGGUCGUUUUUACUUUUUUAUUGUGGACAAUCCUCGGUGAGUGUCUUAGAGGAGAACCGUGGAAGACGCGCUUGUAUUUGUGUGAUCUCAUCAUGCAUUCGGUGGUCGGGAAAGCUAAGAAAGUAACCAGAAGCCAAUCUAUCGAUUCUUAUAUCUUGGUUUAUGUUACCAACUGAAUAUCAUGUAAUGCAUAAAUUUUUCCAGUAAAUAAAUCAGUUAUCUUUUCUUCCUUUCA